GGAAGCUUUGGCCUUAGCGUUAGUCUGGAGGGAGGCCUCGCUUUGCCUAGAAGGAUGCUGGGGCGGGCGGGAGCGCAGGGCAGGUAAAGCCGCCGCAGAUACUGGGCUCUCCCGGGGAGCUGCUGCCUGCCGGCGGGUCUGUCUCUGGGGCUGGGAGAGGCAGGGAGGUGCCCGCUCGGGCUCGGGGCGGGGGAGGCGGGGAACGUCGCGCCUCCAGCCGGCGGAUCCCAGCCCCGGGGCGCGGCCCGGCCCCCGCCGGCUCCGGGGCGGAUCUGAUUUGGGAAGGGGGCCCCCCCACCCCGGCCCUGGCGGUCCCUCCGGCACGCAGCGCACGGCCGCGGGUGCGGAGCGCGGAGCCUCCCGCUCCAGGGAGCGCCGCUCUCAGCCACGGCCGCCGACCCCGGCAGGGAGCAGGCUGCCCAGCGCCUCCGGAGCGGGGCUGUCCAGGGGUUCGCUCGGUGCGGGGGGUAGCGAUCCGGCCGCCGGGAGACCUGUCCGUGGUGCUGACGCCAGCCCCCUUUGGGGCUCCCGCCAGCUUCUUGCAUGGAUUUCUCGCCCCACGAAGACGGCAUCUUAAAAUCACACUGAGCUCCCUGCUCCCACACCCGCCUCCCCGUGUCCCUAGCUUGAUCCCGGCGGAGCGGUCACAGCAGACAAGCACGGAUCGGCUGGCAGCCUGAUUUCCUGUUGCACUGGGCACAGGCGAAGGAUCCUUUUUGGAAAGAGCCUUUAUCCAGCCUGAGACCCAUUCCCCCGCUGGGAAUCAUGGCUGCUCUGGCAGCGGGUUCCUGUCUCUCUUCAGUCCUGUUGGUUAUAUGGGUUGGUGUCUGUUCUCCAGUCUGUGUGGAAGUGCCAUCAGAGACGGAGGCUGUCCAAGGAACUCACAUGAAGCUGCUCUGUAUCUCCUGCAUGAAAAGAGAAGAGGCUUCUGCAAGCACUGUGGUGGAAUGGUUCUACAAGACUGAAGGGGGGAAAGAUGAGCUGAUCUAUGAAUACAGAAAAGUACAACAUGAAUUUCCAAGUCGCUUCAGUGGCCGACUACAGUGGAACGGGAGCAAAGACAUGCAGGACGUGUCCAUCACUGUAUUAAAUGUGACCUUGAAUGAUUCGGGGAUCUACACCUGUAAUGUCACCCGGGAGUUUGACUUUGAGAUUCAUCACCCACUCUUCACAAGCUCCAGAUUGAUCCAUCUCACUGUGGUUGAGGAGGCUGGAGAAGAUUUUACAUCGGUCAUAUCUGAAAUUAUGAUGUAUAUUCUCCUGAUUUUCCUCACCUUGUGGCUGCUGAUAGAAAUGGUCUAUUGCUACAGGAAGGUCUCCAAAGCAGAGGAGACUGUCCAGGAAAAUGCGACUGACUACCUCGCCAUUCCUUCGGAAAACAAGGAAAACUGCACUGUGCCCGUGGAGGAGUAGCCAAGGGUAGAUGGGCCAUGACCUGCAAUAAGGAACUCUGAAGUUGGAAGGACCAAGUCACUCCAGCCAGGUUUGGGAGAACUCUACGGCACCAGGAAGAAAUAAGGGAAAGUGUGAACUCUCUUCCAUUUGCCUUGGACAUUGCACAGCCUUGACUUUGGCUUCAUGACUCCAUUUGCUAAAGGAUUCUCCUUUGAAGCAUGCUGAGCAAAGGGGGUUGGGGUGCAGGUGGCACUGCUCCUUCCUAAGUUUUGCCCCCAUUCAUUGAAUGGCCUUGUAAAUACUAGUAUUUAUUACCCUCACCAUAUUCCUUAGCAAAAUAUGCUAAUUUGACAAUGUAGUACUUAGGUAUGUCAUUACCCUGACACACAUGGCCAUCAGCAAGAUCAUUUUAGCAUUGUGAUCAACCUUUUGAUAAAGCCUGAACACUUUAAUUAAAAAUAUAUAUAUUAAUUUAAAAAUAUAAUCCUGCUCCACCCCAAUGCUUGCUAUCUCUCAUUCAAAUGCUUGCUCUCCAUGCUGCCCUGGACUGUAGGCUGCUGUUGCAAAUCUAGGACAAGGAUAUGGAGAAGCAGAAGGCUCAAAGCAACUUAGAGCUGUGAAAAAUGUACAAUGGCACUCCGCAUGCAGAGAAUUAGUGGGCAGCAAUCUACAUACACAAGCUUGCUGUGCACACCCCUGCUCCUGCAUAGUACAAGUUCCAUAGUGUGCUUUGACCUACAGAACAUUUAGCCCAUGGUGGCAGGAUUUACACAGCCAGUUAGCAAGGGGCAAGCUAAUGUGAUGUAGAUUCAAGGUCCAGCUUGCUGCAUGCUAAACCUCAAUAGCCAUGCCCUCAGGCUGUACCACUGCUAAUUUAGGAUUCUGUGCUAUAAACUGCAACAAUUCCAAGAAGUGAUGUUUGUUUCAUUUGGCAACUGUUUGUCAGUUCUAACUGUCUCUCUUCAACUUGCUCUGUUAACUAGUUGAGACCGGUUAUUUCCAUGAUAAGCGAACUAUCUACUGUGUGUCUUGCAACAACCCGAGGAGAGCAGCCCUGGGAGACAGUACUCCCAUUUGAGGACACUUUGCCAAUUUCAGGAAGAAAGUUAAAGGCCGGAUUCCCUGAAGGGAGGAGAGAGAGAGAGAGUGUCUGGGUUAGGUAAGCAAGCAAAUGAAACGACUGCUUAUUCCCAAAUGGGAAAAUGAGGCAGCUUUGGAAUUUUUUGGAACUUUUUAUAACUAAUUGAAAGUCAUGGUUGGAUAGUUGCACCACCUAGAGGCAAACUGUGAUUUUCUCCUUUAGCCCUUAAUGCAUUAUUUCUUGUGUAAUUAUUCACAAUGCUGAAUACUCAGUGUUAGUCUAUCUAUUGCAGAGCAAUGCUCUUUUUAAAUUUUAAGUUUCACUUAUAAACAAUUGCAGAUACAGUAGCAAGGUGGGGGUUUUUGGCUUUAUUAAAUUGUGCUUGCCCAUUCAGAGAAGCAGUAGUCUUAGAAUCUGAGAUUAUUGGGGGGGGGAGCAUUUGUCUAUAUGUAGAAGUAGCAUGAGGGUGAGAUGCUGCUGAAUGACACUUUUCAGGAAAUGGAGCUUUUGUUCCUAGCAUGCAUAUCCCCUGCUGCAAUGACUCUUCAUACAGCUUGCAAGAGUUAAGAUGAAUCUGUUACACUGUUUGCUCCUAAAUAGAUAAAGCACUCACUGAGUCUGGCAUGCUUUCUGCAUAUGGAAUUCCUCUGCUUUAUUCUGCAUAAAUUGCAGAGUAUAAUUGCUCUGAUUUUUAAAGUUAGACAGGCUCAAACCAGAAUUCUAGGUGAUGGUUGUUCAGACACCCAACUAGGAUCAGGAGCUGCAGGAUACCCUGAUUUUUUGUAAAUUUAAAACCCAGUUCCAAACAGACCUGAUUCACAGGGUGUCUGACACCAGUUCCCACCCAGGCUUGCAUCUUGUGCCCAUCUAUAGAUUAAGUAUGCUCUAUCGGCAAUGCCUUAGGCUGGGCACUAGCUUCUUAGAACCCAGUGUUUUAAAAUGGAGGAAGAACCCUCUUAUUUAGGUGGUUGGAAGUAUUUUUUUUUUCUCUAGGCCAUUUUAUUCAGCCUAAAAUACUAUGGGAGGAAUACUAACCCUCAAUCUAUAACAGUAGAAGCUAGAGCAGAGGAAGCACAUCAUGACUCCAGGAUUCCAUGCUUGACGGUGACACUCCCUGUGCAGUGGGAGUUUAGGCGAGUCACUUAACCUAGUCAGUUGUUAAAGCUCCUUGACAGCCCCCUUAGAGUAAAUGAAAGGCCAUGUUUUAGUCUCCACCCCUUUCUGAUUUUCUAAACUAACCAGAUGCUUUUUUGUGCGUCUUACCCUGUAAUUUGUGAAGUGCUCCUAUAGAUGGACAUUGCUACCUUUGGUAUUUUUAGAUAGGGGAAACCUGUUUGUUGGGAAAGCUGUAUUAGGACUUCCGAUUGAAGGGGGGUGGCAGGAAUGAGAUGGUAUUGCCUCACAGCACAAUUAAAGAUGUGUCUUCUGGGAGCAUGAUUCUCUUCUCUCUUCCCCCCCCCCCCCCCCCCCCCGGCAUCAGGAAAGACCCCUCUGUGUAUAUGGAAAUAAGAGACUUAGAAUUAGGUAGGACAAUUUAAAAAAAGCACUCAACUCAAAAGUCACUGUCAUUUGUUCAAUUUUUUUUAUUCAUAAUGUAUUUUCCAUUGUUCUAGCUACUUUACAUUGAGAUUUGGCUGUGUAGCCUUUAUAAUUCCUAGUUUCCUAGCAAGUAAGUAUCUUAUCACACCUUGCGCACAGCGCAAAGUUUAUUACAGUUACAGAGCCAAACACAGUUAGCCAGACAAUGUCUCAAAACACAACUGCUGUUCCUUCUGCAUGUGGUCCAGCCCCAGAGUUUGUGUUGCCACCACAGACCAUUCAACAAGACAGAGGUGAGUCUUGACCUGUAUCUCUCCCUCCCAGUUUAGAGUUAUUACUCAGAGGGGAAAGCGCCCACCUUAGGGAUGAUCGUACAACCCACUCUUGUUGAUGUGAAUCACUCCUUACUCAAACAGGAUUAUUUGAAAGAGUAAGGAUUACUCACCUGAAUCAGGGUUGCAGGAUCCAUGCCCUUGUGUGGGGAAAGAUAGAUCAGGAAUGUAGCAGCACUCUUUGGCCAUGGAGUUUUUGAGGUGUGAGCCGUGG